CCUCCGAGUCCGUUACUUAAUUUGCAAGCUACGAAAAUUGAGCGGAGCGGGGAGGCGAGGCGAGGGAGAUGAGGGCGAGUGAAUGAGAGAUACUCCUAAUCGCCGGAUCCUCCUCGCCGUCGCCGUAUCCGUCGCCGCUUCCAUUUCUCUCGUAGCUCUCCCUGCACCUCCUGCGCGCUCUCCGCCUUCACCGCGGUGCCCGAUCGGCAUCAGCGAGGUCGGUGACUGCACAGCAAUGUCCAAGGCAAGGGUCUACGCCGAUGUCAACGUCCAACGGCCCAAGGAGUACUGGGACUACGAGUCUCUUACCGUGCAGUGGGGAAACCAGGAUGACUAUGACGUCGUUCACAAGGUUGGCAGAGGAAAAUAUAGUGAGGUUUUUGAGGGCGUAAAUGUUUUCAACAAUAAGAGUUGCAUUAUUAAGAUCCUCAAGCCUGUCAAGAAAAAGAAGAUUAAAAGGGAGAUAAAGAUUCUUCAAAACCUAUGUGGCGGUCCGAAUAUUGUUAAACUUCUUGACAUUGUGAGGGAUGAACAUUCUAAGACCCCUAGCUUGAUAUUUGAAUAUGUCAACAGCACAGACUUCAAAGUGCUAUACUCUACAUUGUCUGACUACGAUAUUCGCUACUAUAUCUAUGAACUUCUCAAGGCAUUAGAUUACUGUCAUUCAGAAGGUAUUAUGCAUCGGGAUGUCAAGCCUCACAAUGUUAUGAUCGAUCAUGAGCUUCGGAAGCUUCGGUUGAUAGAUUGGGGGCUUGCUGAGUUCUAUCAUCCAGGCAAGGAGUAUAAUGUUCGUGUGGCAUCAAGGUACUUUAAGGGACCAGAACUUCUUGUUGAUUUACAGGAUUAUGACUAUUCCUUGGAUAUGUGGAGUCUUGGAUGUAUGUUUGCUGGAAUGAUAUUUCGCAAGGAGCCUUUCUUUUAUGGGCGUGACAAUCAUGACCAACUUGUGAAAAUUGCCAAGGUGCUUGGAACAGAUGAAUUAAAUGCUUACUUAAACAAGUACCAGCUAGAGCUUGAUCCACAGCUUGAAGCUCUUGUUGGAAGGCAUAACAGGAAGCCUUGGACUAAAUUCAUUAAUGCAGACAACGAACAUCUAGUUUCACCAGAGGCGAUUGAUUUUCUUGAUAAGCUUCUUCGAUAUGACCACCAAGAUAGGCUCACAGCAAGGGAAGCUAUGGCACACCCAUAUUUCCUUCAAGUUAGAGCUGCAGAGAGCAGCAGAAGUUACACUUAAUGUUUUAGUCAGAUGAAGCCCAAUUCAAGGAGAUGUUAAGCCACACAAUUUUCAUGUGAGAUGGAGAUUCAAAGACUAGAAAAGUCACCUUCUGAAAUCUAUUCAAUCAUGGAAGACAACUAUUCAAAGGGGAGUAAAAUAAGGAUUUUUUUAUUGCUUUUACAUAAUAUUAAAACCAGAGUUAUUCACUUUAUGCUAUAUAAGGUAAAAUGAAGCCAUUCAAGAAUAGUCUUCGACUCGUGAAGCUAUGAAUGAAUACAAUAUGCCACUUAAUAGUCUUGAAUCUUAUUCAAGACGCCUAGAAUUUGUUGACUUUUUGGCGGCGAGGUCAGUGUAAACCAGCUUUCAUGAACUCUUGUUCAAAAGAAUGGUCAACUAGGCUUUGAAAUAACACUAUUUGAGACUGAUGUUCCAUAUAAAUUGAUAAAUAAUUCAAGUACGAAAAAAAAUGUGAACACAAAGAAGUAUUGAGUCUUUAA